UUGACACUCUUGCAGAGCAGCUGGACACUUGUGCUCUUCCUAACCAAUUCUGACUCCUUUUUUAAAUAUAUUUUUGAAGAUAUCCGCUAAGCAUUAACGAUGGGUGCUUCUCAAAGCUUUAGGUCGAUGUGUGACAGAGAGAAAAAUACAAAUGUUCAUCUCAGUCUUCCAGCAGUUUGCAUCGUGUGGCAGACAGCCAUGAUCAUUUUGUUUGGAGUUUUUGUCCGGUACGAUGAGCAAUCAAGUACAAAAUGGCUAGAGGAAAAUCCAAAAAAUAUUAGUGAGAUAGAAAAUGACUUCUACUACAGAUACCCAAGUUUCCAGGAUGUGCACGUGAUGAUCUUUGUUGGAUUUGGUUUCCUGAUGACGUUUCUGAAGCGAUACAGCUUUGGUGGAGUGGGUUUCAACUUCCUCAUCGCCGCCUUUGGCCUCCAGUGGGCGUUGCUGAUGCAGGGCUGGUUUCACCACCUGGGCGAUGAUGGGAAGAUAACCAUUAAUGUUUAUGGUAUGAUCAAUGCGGAUUUUUGUGUGGCUGGCUGCUUGAUUGCCUAUGGAGCGUUGCUGGGUAAAGUCAGCCCGGUCCAGCUGAUGGUCCUAACUUUGUUUGGGGUCACAUUAUUUGCUGUGGAGGAAUACAUUAUCUUAAAUCUCAUAAAGGCAAAAGAUGCUGGAGGCUCCAUGGUGAUCCACACAUUUGGAGCCUACUAUGGUCUCGCCAUAUCGUGGAUGCUCUAUCGACCAAAUCUGGACCAGAGCAGCCGUUUGCAGCGCUCAGUUUACCACUCAGACGUCUUCGCUAUGAUUGGCACUCUAUUCCUGUGGAUGUUCUGGCCCAGCUUUAACUCGGCCAUUACUGAGCAUGGAGACGGGCAGCACAGAGCAGCCAUCAACACCUACCUGUCGCUGGCUUCAACGGUGCUCACUACUGUGGCUGUUUCAAGUGUCUUUCAAAAGCACGGAAAGCUGGACAUGGUCCACAUCCAGAACUCUACCCUCGCUGGAGGUGUUGCCGUAGGAACCGCAGCCGAGUUUAUGCUGAUGCCUUAUGGAUCUCUGAUUGUUGGGUUCUGCUGUGGGAUUUUGUCCACACUAGGAUACGUCUACAUCACACCCUUCCUGGAAAAGCACAUGAAAAUCCAGGACACAUGUGGAAUUCACAACCUCCAUGCCAUGCCGGGAGUCAUUGGGGGUAUUGUUGGAGCCAUCACUGCUGCUGCUGCCACAGAGAGCGUUUAUGGUGCAAAAGGGAUACAUCUGUUUGAUUUUCCUCCUGCAAAACAAGGCGGCCACCAAGCAGGAGCCCUCUGUGUGGCUCUCUGCUUUGGCAUAGGUGGAGGUAUUCUUGUAGGCGCUAUCCUAAGAUUACCAAUAUGGGGAGAUCCAGCUGACGACAACUGCUUUGAUGAUGAGCCCUACUGGGAGGUGCCAGAGGAGGACGAGGAGAGCGUCCCGCCCGUCCUGCAGUACAACAAUCACAUGCGGAAUAAAGACGUGGCGGAGUCAAAUUUCACCAUGGAAUCAGAUACCAGGCCUCGAGCGUGAAGAACAUCUGCGUCAUCGACACACAACUUACUUCUCUAUUGGACAAAAGUGAAAAACCUGAAGCGGUCACGGCACACCUGUCAUUACCGGCCAUGAAACUAUUUUCUUUCCCUUUUGUUCUUUUAAAUCCCAUUGAAGCAGGGUGACAAUCUAAGUUUUUCAAAAUAAAAUCAUAGAAAUUGGAAA